AUGCUAUCAUUUCCAACAGUGGUGUUUCUGGCUUUCCUGAGUGAAGCUGCAUAUGGAGAUUUAUGCAACCUUAACAAUGGAAUGACCGAUGAGGCUAGGAAGACGUUUCUCAGAAUGCACAAUAAGUUUAGAUCCUUGGUUGCUAGAGGAAAAGCCGUAGACAAACUCGGAGGUUUUGCACCAAAGGCCGCAAAAAUGAUGAAAAUGGUUUGUCGAUUCAAAAGGAUUACUUUCAAGUGA